AUGUUCUUUGUUCUUGUGUGGUUCUAUCUAUCUAUCUAUCUAUCUAUGGCACCUCGACUUGCUGGUUCCUUACGACUAUUAUUAAAUCACUAUAAUAAUAACAAUCUAUCUAUCUAUCUAUCUAUCUAUCUAUGGCACCUCGAUAUUAUUAAAUCUAACAAUCUAUCUAUCUAUCUAUCUAUCUAUGGCACCUCGAUAUUAUUAAAUCACUAUAAUAAUAACAAUCUAUCUAUCUAUCUAUCUAUCUAUCUAUCUAUCUAUGGCACCUAUAACUUACUACUCAUCCAUACUGUUGGCCUUGUGUCGCAUCUAAGAUUAGAAAUCACUAUAAUAAAACAAUCUAUCUAUCUAUCUAUCUAUCUAUCUAUCUAUCUAGACCUCGAUGUUUGUCUUGCUGGUUCCCUUAAAAAUCUAUCUAUCUAUAGCACCUCGAUGUUUGGCGAGAAAUCUAAGAUUAUUAAAUCAUAUAAUAACAAUCUAAUCUAUCUAAUCUAUCUAUCUAUCUAUCUAUCCAACCUCGAUGUUUGUCUUGCUGGUUCCCUUACGACUGAAUUAUUAAAUCACUAUAAUAAUAACAAUCUAUCUAUCUAUCUAUCUAUCUAUCUAUCUAUCUAUCUAUCUAAUGAAGAGACAAAGAGGAUGAUUGAAUCCAGAGAGAGAAAAGUGUAA